GAGACAAAACCUCGUGUUUACAAAGUGGCCGCAAAGGCUGCAGAGAAGGAUAUCCGAUCUUCACUCUCGACACCGCUGCCAGAAAAGAAUGAGGAGCAAUCUGGAAGCGGAGAAAUAGGUGGAGAUACAAUGAAAGUUUUGAUCGAUGAAGCAAAUCGCACGUUGAAGUCUUUGCAGGAGACGGACCCGAGAGAAAAGACUUUGGGCACUAAGGUCAGCGAGGCGAAGAUGUUCCAGCUGCGGAGGCAGCUGGACGAAAUGAAAAAGAUUUCUCUGAGGCCGUUUCGUCUCUCAAAGAUCGGCCACUACCAUGUGAAUGGUUUGUUGGACAGCGGCGCAAGGCAUCCUUUGAGACCGAGAAGAAAGGGUGAGAAGGUGGAUCACUACCCGAAGGUUCAGGUCACUUUGGCUGGAGACCAACAGGUCACUAUGAGUUUGCCUCCUACUGGAGUCAUCAUUGGAGACGAAUCUGGAGAGCCGAUCAUGCCAAUGGACAUUUUGGCUACGUCUUUGAAUUGCACCAUUACAUGGAACGGGUGA